CUUGGCCGGUUUAUUUUUUGUUGCUAUAAAUUCCGAACGUAUUAUUUCACAAAUAGUUAUUGUCGUUCUGAACGCAGUUUUAGUAAGCGUUCGUAUUGGUCAAUAUUUACGUAAGUAGAAGACAGCCAAUAGCAGCCGACCAGCCAUUUUCCUCAAUCUGUCAAAAAGCAAAUGUCAAACAUUUCUGAAACAAACCUCAAUAAUUUUGCGAAUAUUCUAACAAAAGUGUAAGAAAUAUUAGUCAAAUUCCGUUUUAAAAUGUCGGAAAAUGGGCACGAUGCGUAAGAAAACUCAAGUGUCGUUCGUGAUUAGAGACGAGGAGGAACGGCGGCAUAAAAAUGGUGUUAGUUCAUUGCAACUCGAUCCGAUACAGGGCCGACUGUAUUCGGCCGGCAGGGAUGGAAUCAUUCGUGUGUGGAGUACUGCUACCGGUGUUCAGGACCGAUACAUCCAGAGUAUGGAGCACCACACCGACUGGGUAAACGAUAUCGUGUUAUGUUGCGGCGGCAAAAACUUAAUCAGUGCUUCGUCAGAUACGACUGUGAAGGUAUGGAAUGCGCCCAAAGGUUUCUGUAUGUCGACAUUACGAACUCAUAAGGACUAUGUACGUACAUUAGCGUACGCUAAAGACAAAGAACAGGUGGCUAGUGCCGGUUUAGACCGAGCAAUCUUCCUAUGGGAUGUCAACACAUUGACAGCUUUGACUGCCAGUAACAACACAGUUACAACGUCAAGCCUUGUCGGCAACAAAGAGUCUAUAUACAGUUUGGCUAUGAACCCUCCUGGAACUAUUCUAGUUAGCGGAUCUACUGAGAAAGUACUCCGUGUUUGGGACCCCAGGAACUGUUCAAGACUUAUGAAGUUAAAAGGACAUGCAGAUAAUGUUAAAGCUUUAGUUGUAAGCAGAGAUGGAACGCAGUGUGUAUCAGGCAGCUCGGACGGAACAAUAAAAUUGUGGUCUCUAUCACAGCAGCGUUGCAUUUCUACUAUAAGAGUACAUUCUGAAGCUGUGUGGGCAUUAUUAGCUACUGAAACAUUUACUCAUAUCAUUUCCGGUGGAAGAGAUAGGCUAGUCAUUAUUACAGAAUUACGAAACCCUGAUAACUUUAUGAUAGUAUGUGAAGAAACUGCCCCUAUACUUAAAUUAUGCUUUACCGCUGACCAGACAGGAGUUUGGGUGUCAACAUCAGAGUCUGACGUCCGAUGCUGGAAACUGCCUCCUUUGAAUUCCCUAGACAUGUAUAACCAAAACAAUUAUAAUACUAACAAUGUGUACCAAACACAGCCAAUUCAUCACAUUCCCGGAGGUCCUGCAAUAAAACAUUACACUGUAUUAAAUGAUAAGAGACAUGUGGUCACAAAAGAUACCGCGAACAACGUAGCCCUAUAUGACGUAUUAAAAGCUUGUAAAUUAGAAGAUUUAGGAGAAGUAGACUAUGAGGAAGAAGUGAAGAAAAGGUUCAAGAUGGUUUACGUACCGAAUUGGUUCAACGUUGAUUUGAAGACUGGGAUGUUGACGAUACACUUGGGGCAGGACGAAACAGACUGUUUGAGUGCAUGGGUUAGUGCCAAAGAGGCGGGAUUGACGACGGAGAAUGAUCAGAAGGUGAACUUUGGUGCGUUGUUAUUGCAAGCGCUGUUGGAUCAUUGGAAUCAUCCAAAUAGAGUGAAUGAAGCUGGGCAGAGGGUGAUCGGGAAUAAUUAUUUCAAUGUACCUCUGCAUACUCCUCUUAUAUUUAGUGAAGUUGGUGGGAGAACACUUUAUAGAUUACAAGUAGGUGACGCAGGCGGUGAGACAGAAGGCAAUCUCCUCGUAGAGACGGUGCCAUCAUGGGUGGUGGACGUAGCUAUAGAGAUGGCUGCACCCAAGCUGAACAAACUGCCCUUCUACUUACUGCCGCAUUCCAGCUGUCAGAGUAAACAGGAUCGGCAGAAGAAGGACCGUCUAGUAGCCAACGACUUCAUCCAAUGCCGUAAAGUAGCAGAACACGUGGUAGAGAAGAUAGUGGGCGGUGGCGACGUGAACGGCGCGAGUGCCGGCAGCGGCCGCGCCAGCGCCAACGAGGACAGCGGCAACGACGCGCCGGAGGAGAGGGUCGAGCUGCUCUGCUGCGAUCAGGUGCUCGACCCCAACAUGGACCUUCGUACCGUCCGCCACUUCAUAUGGAAAUCCAACGUGGAGUUCACACUACACUACAGAGUUCUAAAACAAUGAAACAAGCCUUAUUUCUCUAAGGACCAGUUUCGAAAGUAUUGCACUUUCCACUGCAUCUAUAGACUAUGACAGUGAUGUGAUCGAACGGUUUUAUCAAUGUAUUUAUUUUUCCCAAUGUCAAUACUUUGACUGGUUGCGGGAAAUUCAAAUAUAAAAUCCAAACUAAUAUUAUAAAUGCGAAAGUAACUAUCUGUCUGUCUGUCUUUUCUUCACGCCUAAACUACUGAACCGAUUUGUGUGAAAUUUGGUACAGAAAUAGUUUGGAACUUGAAAAAGGACAUGGGAUAGUUUUGAUUACAAAAACCAAAAUUUAUUCCAGACAUACAGCGCCAUCUAUUAGUCAAAAGUCGGCAUCAAUUCACUAUUCCAAGCGUACGAAGUCGCGGGCAUAAGCUAGUGUGUUUAUAUUAAAACAUUUUAUAUUUAAAUUGACCGCUACCGGCUACCGGAAUUCCUUACCCAGACCAAUUAAAUUGUCUUUGCAGUAGUAAAGAACGAAUGCAGUAUAAGUAUUAUAUUGAAGUUUAACAUUUUAUUGUUGCAUUGUAUUGUAUUUAUGUAUGUAUUCCAUAUUUAAAAUAUAUUUUUCAUGAUAUUUGUAAUAGCUAGUCCAAAUGAGCAAUCAAUAAUCUGUAUAAAAAUUACAAUUUAAUUUCAAAUCCUAAAAAAAAUUAUAGUGACAUUUUCAUAUUCUUACAAAAUGUUGGGAGCGAUCUCAUUGGUAGAAACUACACAUGAAAAUACGUUUGACCAAUAGAAACACGAUAUUCACCUGUCACUUUUGGCGCGAACCGCCAUCUUUAAUUCCUAACCUCUAUAAAUAAGAUACGAUAAUAUUUAAAUGUAAUAAAAGCUUUAAACAUUAAAAGCGACUCGCGAACUCGUUUUAAAGCUUGAAUAAAUAUAAAAGAAAACGACUGUUAAUUAAUUACAAUAAAAUAAAUAUAUAUACUAGUAAAUACGGUGUGUUCAUAAUCUACCAACGGUUACCUUAAACAUCAUUUUUGUACAUGGGUGCGUUCAUAACGUGGUAGAAAUACAUAAACCUUUGGUCUUACACAUCUUUAUAAUUAGAGCAAGGAGGUUGACCCUCAUCAAGUUAGGAGUAAACUAUUGUAGGGUAGCUAAAUGAUAAACAUGGAUUAUAGAAAAUGGACAUCAUUACUUAGAAUAGUAUCAGAAAAAUGUGAAAGUGACAGCUACCAAACGGCCUGUAGAAGAUACGCUUUCUUUUUCUUUUAUAUUUGUGGUCAAUAUUUUGUUGAAUGGGUAAUCCAUUUUCUGUUUAUGAAUGUCAACUGUAGACAUCAUUAUUGCCACAGAUGUAUUUUAAUCAACACUUAUCAAUUCUUUCUUUCUACAACGAAUGCUGUAUGUACCUACUCUGAGUGUUCAUGAUUUCAACAAGUGUAUCACCAUAAAGUACUGUUCAAUGAAAUAGUUCCAAUUACACUAAAUAAAUAAUUGUAUCAGAAUGUAUUAAAGUUUGUAAAAAAUAUGCUAACACAAUUAUGUAAAUCACACAAUUAUGUUAAUGUCAAUGUAUGUGAUUGACUAAAUUUCAAACAUAUUUUCACAAAAUAACUGCCAUAGAAAUUAUAUCAAUUAUUUUGAAGGUGCUUCAAAACUGCUUAUAUCGUAAUCGAAAUUUAAUAUAUAAAAUAUUAUUCUUAAAGCGAGUUUGAACUAUGUUUUCAUUAUACGUUUACCAUAAAUACUGGCGUCAAAUAAAACCUAUUUUACUGAUCACAUAAUACAUAAUCAGCGAUUGUGAAUAUAAUUGUACAUCUAGAUAAUAUUAUAAUGUACUUGGCUAUAAAAAACUCGUUCAUAUAAAAUUGUAUAGCACACUACACUAUUAGGUAAAAUAUAUAAGUAAUUAAUAAAUAAUUGUAUUUAUGUAACAUCUGAAAUUAUCUAUUGUUAAGAUGGUAUUAACGAAAUUCCUAAGCAUAAACGUAAAGUGAAGUUGCCACCAGAUUUUCAUGAUAGAUAAAUGGCAGAAGUACGAUAGUUAACAGUUAUCGUCAUAUAAGUUUGCUGCUCCGACGUUAGCCACAAGUGACCUCGCGGAAGGUAAUGAAACAACAAUAAUCAAAAAACAAUAAUAGUAGUUCCAGUAAUAGUAACAGCGCUUAAAGUGGCUGACUUCAGAGUGGCAAUUUUAUUUGACGAGUAUUGUCAUUUCAACAAUAAUGUUGUUUUCUUUAUGUUUGUAAUAUUAUUUCGUCAAUUUCUGGUGUAAACUGUACCUAGUUUCGGUGUUUCCGAUCAUUGGGCUUAAUUCUUUUUGAUUCCAAUGUGUUAUUUUGGUUUUAAGAGAUAUUGCCCCAAUUUUCUUUGUAGCUAUUUUAUUCCUGUAUUAAAUUUAUUAAUUCUUUGUCUAUAAUGAUACUUAUUGAUAAAAUUGUUCAUAAAUAAUUGAAAUUCUUGUAUCUUAAUUUAAUUUUGAUGCAAAAUUAUUGCCAGUGAAAAUAUCUCGUCGCUUUGGUUGCUCUUGGGAAUAGAAAUAAGGAAUUAAAACAAUACUUAAGACCUCGUUGCACCAUUUAACUAUAACGAUAACCAAACCAUAACCAGCCGUAUACUUGCCGCCCAUUGGUCAAAUCGGCAAUUUGACAGCUGAAAAUGGUUCGGUUAUUGUUAAAGUUGAAUAGUGUACUGACCCUUAUAAAAAAUAACUUUCAAAGUGUUCAGAAACCGCCAUGGCAGCUAGAAUUGCGGUUGGCAAUUUGUCAGUGUAGCCCUCUACAAGAAUUGUUCGAUAAUGGGCUCUAGCGACUAAAAUAAGUUUCAAGUCACAAUAUAAGUGGAGUCGACGCGAAAGAUAAAUACGUGUAGAUGCUCUAGAGAUGUCUACUGUAAAAUUGUGGCAUGCUUGUAAUUAUACUAUUUGAAAUAAAGUUGUUAAUUUAA